AUGGCUGGUGCGACUUUGCGCGAGGAGCAGCUGGAAGAACUGCGCGAGGCUUUCGCUCUUUUCGACCGCGACCACGAUGGUUUUAUUUCGCUGUCGGAGAUGAAAACGAUGAUGAAACAGUUCAGUCGCGCCUGCACGACAGAAGAAGCCAGGGAAAUAUUUGGCAAAAUUGAUACAAACAAUGAUGGUAGAAUUGAUUUUCGGGAAUUUGUUACCAUGAUGACACCCUUGAUGGAGGAAGGAAAAAGCGACGACCUACACUACAAGAUGGCGUUCGAGUUUUUUGAUAAAAACAACGACGGGGAAAUUACAACAGCGGAGCUUAAACAAGUGUUGCAUACCCUGCAUCUCAGACUGACGGAUGCAGAGAUUGAUGAGAUGAUUUUGGAAGCAGAUUCGGAUGGAAAUGGGCAGGUUUCCUACGAGGAAUUUACAAAAGUGAUGAAAAAGCAUACGUGA